AAAUAGUGAGAGCAUGCCGUCUGGGGGCAGUACACCAGUCCGUAGGCUGAGCAAAGCCAAGAGUACCCCUGCUGUCACCUCACCCCUGACAAGAACACUAGAGAAGGCUUUUGUCACAGGCCCAGAGUCUCAAUCCAGCUUAACCUCAGUCGUCCAAGUCACCCAGGAGGGAAUAAAUGACAGCUCUGGAGAAAGACCAGCUGAUGUGUCCCAGGAGAGGUGAUUGGAACGAGAAACUACUACAGCUACUGGUCUCAAGAUUGUGUAUCAACUACAGGGUUAGAAUACCAAUAUGUUUUUUUUCCAUAUUGCUUUUUCCUCUACUGAGGGAAGAUUGUCUUUUUUAAGAAGAUUCAGUCAAACAGAUUAUGUAGAGAGAGACUGAUUAAAGUUAGCAUGAUGUGUUUAUGAUUUAGCUUGAGAAUUUAUUUCCCAGUGUCAAUAAAAGCUUUAAUAAGAUUUAAUACUAAUAAGAUCAAUGAGGAUCUGAACACCUUUGCUUUCUUUGUAUGAUAAAAUGCCUUGAUGACCCAUAUUGUAGACAAAAACCUAAUAGUGUAUUCUAUCUUCUAUUUAUAGUGUACAACAUGGGAGAUCAUUAAUUAAUUUGUCUGUGAUACUAAUAAAUCUGAUGUAAUUUGUACCAUUUAUAUGCAUUAAGACUACUUGUAUAUUGGUUGUAUACCAUUAUAUUUUCAGUUUAUUUUUGGUUUCAAAAUAAAUUUUGGUGUAGAUAGUUAUAAUUUGUUCCAUAAUUGGUGUGAGUCUAUAAUGUGUACUAUUGUGGAAUUGAUUUUCUAAUUUAGAUCUGAUAUGAUCUGAUACUUUCAUGUUAUUUUGAACAAGCACAAAAUGCAAUUGAACCCACCGCAGUGUGCCAUAGGAAGAGGAAAGACAGGAGAAUUUUGAGUGGUAUAUACAUUUUUUGUGAGGCUUCUUUGUGAACCUAGUCUGUGAGGAGUAGAUAAGCAGUUUGGUUUGAGCAUACAUUGUGUAUACAUUUACAUUUAUGCACUGAUGCACAUGCUCAUGCAUAUUCAUGUGUGUAUGCAACCAUUAACCUGUACAGUACACAUAUAUAGACAUAUGCAUACACAAGUUCAUGUGCAGACAUACAUGUAAGAUCACAUGCUCACAGAAUACGCAAAUGCACAAGCACAAGCUGCACACACACAUGUAAACGCAAAGGCAAAUGCCCAUGCAUACGCACACAUGCACACGCACAUGCCCAUGCAUACGCACACUUGCACAAGCACAUGCACACGCACAUGCAUAUGCAUUUAUAUUUACAUUCACAUUCACAUCCACAUUCACAUUCACAUUCAUAUUCAUAUUCACAUUCACAUUCACACACUCAUGCUCACUCACACACAUACUUACACUCAUACUCACUCAUACUCACACUCACUCAUACUCACACUCACUCAUACUCACACUUACACUCACUCACACUCACAUUCACUCUCACUCACUCACAUUCAUUCUCACUCACUCAUAUUCACUCUCACUCACUCACUCACUCACUCACUCACUCAAUCACUCACACAUGCUUGUACUCACUCACAUUCUCAUACUCUCACAAACAUAUGUAUCAAUACAAAAGAUGAUGUUUUACAUGUAAAUGUAUGUACUUUUUUCAAAGAUUUUAUAUGGUUCUGUGAGAUGAUGGUUCAGAAAAUUGAAUUUAUUUUUGUAUUUUGUGGUAAUUUGAGGAAUUUGGUAUAACUAUUAAGGACUAUUUUCUAUAUCAUUCAACUGAAUAAAAUCUAAUUUAGAAUUACAUUCAAGGUGUUUUCAUUUUUUUUAGUUUUUUUGUUAUCUGUAAACAAUAACAUAGACAUAAAAAAAGCUUUUGUAAAUGAGGAGUUUAAUCAUGUCUCAUUUUACUUGCAUGUCCUUUAACUUAGGUAAGGAAUAUAUGCUUUCUGUGUCCAUAUUGUAUGUGCACUUCUUAAGAAGUUCAUUUUGCAAUAUCAGUUUUUUUGUGUUUUCAUGAUAUUUCAUUAUUUAUCUCGAAACAUUACAUAUGGAAAGGGCACUCAGUGUCAGUUUUUUGUGAAUUUAUCUUCUUAAUUUAAACUAGAACUUUAGAGCCAGAUCUUUAAUGAGUUAGGCAGUUAAUGGUCUCAUUUAGCUUCAGAUUUUCCAUAUGUGCUUUAAAAUAGAACAUUUUUCUUCAUAGGAUGUGAAGAAAUAAUUCAUAAAUGACAGCAUUUUCUCAAUUUCGUAUGUUUGGAUAGAAGUGGAUUUUUAUGUAAGUGUGGUCUUCAGCCUGCCUUGCAUUUACAUAUUUCCAUUAUCUCUUUUUUGCCUCUCUUUACCUGUGUGAUCUCUCUUUUUGUCUGCAUUUCUACUCCUUUUUCCCUCUUUACUUUCUCAUUCUCUCUUUGCGCCUGUCUUUUGUGUAUUAGUGGGGAAAGCUAGCCAUAAUUAUAUUUAGAUCUGUACACUUUAUAAUAACAUUGAAUAAAAAGACUUCUCUUCUCUUGAUACCAAGAGAUGUAUGAUUGGUCAUUCUCAUAUGAUUCUGUAGCUUAAUUUGGCAUUAUCCUCAUAUUAUGCUUUUCUAAUAUAUUUAUAAUCUUUACCACUCGUUUAUUAGAUGUAUUAGAACCGUAUGUUGUAUGAUAAUGGAGGGUAAUAGAAAUUGAAAGUACCUAAUGAAUCUAUAGAGAUACAAAUUGUAUCGCUGUUGCCUUUUCAUGUGCCUUGUGAAACUAAGGUUGUCCCUUGUAUGUUUUUUCCAAGCCAUACUUUUGAUUCUAAACAGUCCAUCCAUUUUUAUAUAGCACAAAUGUUUUUGGUUGUAUUGGUAUGCCAAUCAUUCAUGUUAUUCAUUGUGUUAUUUGUUUCUUCUAAAGUAAAGCUAUAGAUAAUGAGGAUUAAUGUUGAAUAUCUUCAAGGGAGAUGUAUACAGCAGCUAGAAUAUAUAUAUUUGUAUCUGAUAUCUAGAAAUCUUCAUAAUUUGUAAUUUUUUUGUGUUGCUUUUUUAUAGGGGUCUAGUCAAGACAAAUUUUCUAUUAUUAGGUUUCUUUGUGUAUAGAAUGAAAUCUUAGGAAUUCAGAUUAGGGAUAUGUGCUGAAAUAUUCAACUUGUUUUAUUGAAGAAUUUUGAUGUAAUAUCCAUUUUUGGCAAAGCUUUUUUAUGGAUUUUAUGGUCCUUUGUUGCUCAAGACAUUACUUCUUAGUUCAGAAUUUUGUUGGAUCAGUCUUGAAAAUUGUUUCUUUUACUAUUUUAUAUUAUUGUUUGUCUGGCAGAGAAAUUACUGUGUCAGUCUAUAAUGUGGUGCUUUAUUUACAUUUAUUUCAGUAUGAGUAUGAAAUUUUGUAUGAUGGAUUAAAUUCCUUGAAAUGUUUUGAUUUUAGAUUUAUACAAAAGCUUUAGCUUAUAAGUAACAGAAGAAAAUAUUUUGUAAAUAGGAUAUUUUUAUGAUUUCUGAAAAGAUACAGAUAUUUGCUAUAAUUGCAGACAAUAUAUUUAUGAUUUCAGACAAUAUACAGAUAUUUGUUUAUUUAUCAUAAAUAGAUAGUUGCCGGUAACAGGGUAGAUAUGACAGCUUUCUUAAUAAAGAUACCAAAAAUUACAAAGCCAAAUUAUAUGUUUCACAAUUUUUUGCAUAGGUAUGCUAGUAGCACUGAUAACACAAUAAUAAAGUAAUUAUAUUAGGGUUUUAUGAAGCCAGUGAUGUCGAGACCUCAGAUUUUCAGGUUGUAAGAAUGAGUGAUUUUUUAUUUUGAUUUUGUGAAAUAAUACUUGGUUCUUUUUUAUUAUUAUUAAAGAAAUUAGGAAUUGGAAUUCCACUCACUCAUUGUUAUAACUGCGUUUUUGGGAAAAAUUAGUAGAAAUUAGAAAUUAGAUUUGAAGAUUUAUUUUUUCAAACUUUUUUUUUAUCCAUAGAAUCUCAGGUACAGAUGAUACAGUUGCCAGUUACUAAUUUGUUGUAAGUGUUAUCUUAUAGGAUACAUAUUAUUAUCCUAAAAGAUUCUAUAUUACAGUUCUGCGUUUGUUGAUUAUUAUAAAAGGCCUGAAAUUUGUAUGUACAGUUGUGUAUUUCUUGUUUACAGUGGUUGUUAAAGCACAAUCAAAUUUCUCUGGAAUUUAAAUGUGCUUCCUUUCUUGAUUAUAAAACAUAUCUUUCUAUGUUUAUGGAGUUGAAAUGUGAGAUUAUAAUGUAAAAAAAAAAAGUUGGCCUUAUGUUUAGGCAGAUUCUCAACAGGUUUUCUUGGAAUGACAGCAGCUGUUAGCACUGUUGGUAUGACUGUAUUUAGUAGAGCUUGCAAAACGUUUUGUUACUUGUUAAUAAAUUGUUUGUUAAUGAAAUAAUUAUAACAUGAAGCUUUAUGCAUU